UAGAUAUGGGGGUGCUGUCAAUUUCUAUCAAACCCAAUUUUUUGGGUUUAUUAAAAUUUUUAAACAGUUUCAACUGGUUUAUUGUGUUCUUUAGCUUAAUUAAUCUCUCAGUAUGUAUAUACGAGGAUCAAAUAGGCAAAUUCGACUGGCGGCAAACAUACGUGGGAAGGAUAAAAUUCUCACAGUUUGACACAGUUUCAACGGCCAAAAAGAUUAUUGUGGCCACUGAAGAGAAUGUAUUAGCGGCUUUGAAUCUGAAGACAGGGCAAGUAGUAUGGCGCCACGUACUAGAAAGUGCGUCUACAGGCAAUAUCCAGCUUCUGCAUGUCUCGGAGAAAGUCGUGACUGUCACUGGGUCCAAUCCCUAUCUAGUGAGGGGAUGGGACUCAACAACAGGUGUGCUCCUAUGGGAAUGGUCGCUGACCCUGCAGAAGGAAGAGCACGCAGAGUUCUCGGAGUGGUGGGUGCAGCAAGGCAUGCUGGUGCACCUGCUGCCCGUGUUCGGAUCCCACCUCGAGGUGUCCAUGUACAACCUGAUGACUGGCCAGAAUAGGGGAGCUACGUCUAGGUUGCCGGCAAUUUGGACUAAUGAAGGAUGUGUACUAUCAGCUCCGUACUACAGCUGUGUUUCCGGCAACAUGGGAAGUCAGUUGCUGCUCUCGCUGGACGUAACAUCAAAUGCAGUACAAAUUAUAAGCAAGCCACUCUCCCAGUACAUCUCCGAAGACAAUGGCAAUAUCAGAGCUUUAGAUGCUAACAGUGUGCAGCCUGGCUUCAUUAUAGGGGAUAAGAAGAUUGUUCUGAUCAAGAAUAAUGAGUUCCAAGUGCUAGGCGUCAGUGUGGCGGACCAGUCGGCCAGUGUGGCUAUAGUAGACAGUGGCAGUGGACAACUGGUACUACAAACAUGGACUGAUGAAGUUAAGGGCUUCUCCCUUACGGCCCACAGCGCGUCCACAGGCGCUCCAGUGUCCGAGAUUCGCAGCUCAGACGCGGCAUUCCGGCCGGUGGAGCCCGAGUUGGCGGCAACUUUGUGUAGCACCACGCCACGCGAGAUGCACGCCUGCCGCCUGCUGAUAACCGCUGCGGACGACUCGGUGCACCUUAUGCAGCAGGGAGGCCGUAUCCUGUGGUCCCGCGAGGAAUCCCUAGCGAACGUGGUCGCAGUGGAGUUCGUUGACCUGCCUGUAUCAGACCUGGAUGCUGCCAUUGAGUCAGAGUUCGACCAGAAAGAAGGUUCGGUUUGGGCCGCGUUCUCCCGGCGCCUGCAGACGCAGUUUCAACAGCUGCAGACGUUGAUCCAAAGCCUCAAAGGCGCGGAGACCAACACACAGGAUACAUCCACAGCGUUGGUUCGAGACUACUUCAAUCUGCACAAGAUUAUUGUGCUGGUCACUGAUGCUGGAAAGAUAUUCGGCAUGGACAACCUAUCCGGCGAGAUUUUGUGGCAGCGCUUCGAGCCGAGUCUGGACGCUGAAAACGUGGUCGUGUUCACGCGGCGCUCAGCGCGCCACCCGCCGCUCGACGCAUACCUCACUAUUGUGGGGAAACACGAGGAGACAGGCAACGGGUUAAUAAUAAGCCUUAACCCGAUCCGCGGCACUCUAGUGGGCGAGCGAGUCUUGCACCUCGAUACACAGUUACUGCAGUGCGCGUUACUACAUCGCACCGACCCGGAGAAGCUGCAUGCUCUAUUACUGCUGGAUAAGGACGAGAAUGUGCAAGUAUUCCCCGCAUCCGCCGGCCCUCUGGUGGAGAACAUGUAUCUUUACGUGGCUGACAAGCACACUGCUGACGUGCAGGGAUACGCCCUAAGAUACGACGGCAGGGCAGUGGUAGCCCAAAAGACAUGGGCAUUAAAGCUGGGCGGAGGCGCGCCGCAUCGCAUCGUAGCGGCGCGGGCCGGCGGCGGGCGCGCGGGCUCGGCCGGCCGCGUGCUGGGCGACCGCAGCGUGCUGUACAAGCACGCCAACCCUAAUAUGGUGCUGUUCGUGACGGAGGGACCCGACCCUAUACACAAAGACGUGGUAGUCGCGACGUGCGUGGACGCAGCGUCAGGCGCAGUACUGGCUUCAGCGGCGGCGCGGCGCGCGCGUGCGCUCCCUCUGGCGGUGCAGCAGGACAACUUCGCCGCCUUCGUCUACCACAGCGACAAACAUCGUAGGACUGAGAUCGGUACCUUAGAACUGUACGAGGGCAAGUCCCGCUGGCUGGAAGCGGGCACAGCAUUCAGCUCGUUCCGCGGCGCGCGCGCCCCCAGCGUGUACCGCGCGGCAUAUGUGUUGCCCGCGGCGCCGCGCGCCUUCGCUGUCACUACAACCGAGCGAUCGCUGACGGACAAACACGUGUUGCUGGCGUUAUCAACCGGAGCGAUACUGGAACUUCCUUGGGCAUACUUAGAGCCGCGGCGGCCGCUGGCUCCCACGCCCGAGCAGCGAGAAGAAGGCCUCAUACCAUACGCGCCAGAACUACCACUACCUGCCGAUGCAGUACUGAACUAUAACAGAACCUUGCAUAGAAUCAACGCGAUAUACACCGCGCCAUCGGGAUUAGAGUCUACGAGCUUGGUGCUGGCUACCGGCUUGGGUGAGUUUCGUCCUUGUGACUUUAAGAAUUAGGUUUCAAUUA